ACGCGUCGCGAUUUCAGAAGCAAGUGGACGGUGUGUGCACCCUUAAGGGUAUACCUGGAAAAGUCACUGCAAAACAGCUCUCCAGUGAUCUUCAUCGGUACCUUUCCUCAUUGCCUUCCCUUCUGUCUUCCCUGUCCUCUUCCCUCCCCAAAAAACAUUCGCACUCUCGACAACCAGGGAAUCGGAAUCGGACACGGGGCACACCUCGGCUUUCCUGUCUACGUUUUUUUCCUUUUUUUUCUUUCAUCGCGAGUAAUCUGGGUCCUUGCUACGACCAAGAGCCACACGCGCCAACAAAAACCUCCUGCGGACGAACGAUCUCUUCCUCGUGCCAAUACGUGUCAUGGAACAGCAGUGGACGCCGGCCUUCGGGGAACUUUCCAGCAAACUACAGAUCGCCUUGCGGUCGGACUCGCGCGACUACGUCUACGAGGUCUUGCGUGAAAUAGAGUCCAAAAAGCAAUCCAUCUACGCGGUCUUGGAAACACCUGCGCCAAAUGCUACCCACAGAGCCCAGCUGAAGCUUGGAUCUCCUGUGAUCGAUGGCAAGAUCAACACGGUCAACGAGCAGUUCAUCUCGGAAGCGAUUCUCCUCUCGGACCACUUGGAAAUUGACGAAUAUGUCGCCUCCUCAUUACUCCGCUACGGCCUCGAAUUGCAAGCCAAGUACGAUAGAACCCCGGUUCAGACAGCCAUCAUCUUGUUCCACAGAGAGAGAAUCGCUCUGAUUCAGGUCAUCAACGCCAUCUUGGAUACCUCCAGCACAUUUGAUUCACCAACAGAGUUCAGCAGCGCAAUAGUGCCUUUCAGGAACGACCUUCUGGAUCCAGCCAAGGGCAAUCUUGCGAGUAAGGCGUUGAAGCUGAUCGAAGGCUUGGAGAAGAAGGCGACGGCUAUUAAGAAUGCUAUGACCGAGACAUCUACGCUGGUCGCGCAGCUGGGUAUGUCGAUCAACGAAAAGCGCCUCGAAUACAUUAGACAGGAACGCGCUCUCCUCGCCACAGCCCUCUUCGACAUUGCCUUUUGCCAUGAACUCUCCAGUACAGUCCUGAAAGCGAUUAUCGUCAGUCUAAAGCAAACCAACCUCUCUGAUCCUAUCGCCACGUAUCUUACCGUCACUGUUAUGGCAGCGCUUGAAGUCUCUGGAGAGCACAUGCGGAUCCGUGGAAAGGCUGACGACGAAUUCCCCGACUACAUGACCCACGACUCUUUCACGUCAGAAUACGCACAACUGAUCAGCAACUCUGCUUGGGCAGUUCCCGCCAUCAAGGGAGCAGUCCUCCUUCAGCUCAUCCUUUGCAUCGGGAACGUGCAGAAUUAUCGCAGUAGCGAUUUAUCAGAGGAUGAGUUGCAAACUGUGGCCGAGAGCGCUGUUGCGUCGGAUACCUUUCAAUUCAUUGUCAACUAUAUCCUCGGUUUCAAGUCGCAGACCAUCGCUAAUGGAGAUCAGAUCGAGGCUCCUUUCGAUAUUCCUAGAGCAUCGCUCGGCAUUGUCGACCAGAACGCGGAUGGAUUCGACACAACUGUCGGAAAGCCGGUCAUUGUUGAGCUGGAUACUUGCAUGAAGGACGGAAUUCUCGCUCUUCUCGAGUUGACCGUUCGGGACUUUGUCAUCACCAUGCUGCCUCUGCUCAGGAAGAUCAAGCACAAGGAGGAAGAUGUCACUGCCCAUCAAUCUUCAAUCAGGCAAUCACAGAUGCAGGUAGCCGCAGCAGCACCCCGGAACGAUCUCAGCGCGUUGUUCACGAUGAUUGCUCUAAUUUACAAGGAUCGUCCUGAGGCAGGGAUUCGCUUCUGGCCCAACAACGACGACCGACUCUAUCGAUUUCUCAAGUGGGGUGCCGAUUGUAAGAACACUGCGCGUUCGUUCUUCGAUAUGCUGGGAUCACUCGCCACCGGAACUCAAUGCGCUCAUCAUGCUUAUGAGUUUCUGAAAAGUAAUGGCGGCCGCUAUGGUACACAAAGUUCAGCAAUCCCCAACACUCUAUGCUCCUGGGGAAAGUUGUUCGAGGCGAUCGACUUCUACACCAAGCGACUGAAUGCGGACUUCUCUGCAGGAGGGCAGAUUGAAAAGAUUCGGCCUGAGGAAGAGGCUCUGCUGAAGUCGUUCCUGCACCUCUUGAGCGUCGUGGCACAGUACUCUGCUGUUGCCCGCACAGCCAUGAAUGACUCAAAACAGUACCAGGUUAUCCAUCUUCUGUUCCAUUUUUUCAUCUGCCCUAUCUCUGUUGACUUGAAGGCCAGUAUCCUGGACGCCAUCGCCGCUUUCGCUACACCUUCGGCACUCGGAAGCGACACUGCUACUCUUGUUUGGGAUUAUAUGGAACAAGCAAGGAUCUUACCCAAGUCCUACGCCGCUCCACCACCGGAUCAGGUUGUGCCUGCAGGAGACAAGGCACCAGUCCCUGCCGCCUCACCUCGUCAGGAACAUGAAAACCUGGACUCCGGGAUCGGCUACGACAUUGAGGAGAUCGAAACCGCCAACAAGACAUUCCCCGAAACAGUCGCCUUCAUUCGCCUUUUGAGUAGCUUGGUUCAGGUGCCCUUAAACCCAGAGGAGAUCCUUGCAGGAAGCUCCCUAGCAAUUCUACCCAAAUUCGGAACCGGCCAUCGCCAACCCGGAAUCAUUCCCUAUGUGCGGUUCGUCCUGGAUAUGAUCUUUGUGAAGGCCCUCGACCGCACCUAUCGUGUUGCCAACGAAAAGUGGAAAGUGGUUGAUGCAUGUCUCAACCUUGUGGAGCGGUGUCUGUUGUCGUUCAACAUUAGCCCUUUCACCCUCGGUAGCGCGCUCAAGAAGGACCAGGAUCACACCGCCAUCGAGGCUCAAAAGAACAGUGCUCUUCGCGCCACUCUUCAUCCAGCGUUUGAGAUCUUGACACGACUUUUGUCUGGUGGAGAUGUUUUGAGCGAGAUCUUCCGCAUCAUGGGCACUGGAGUUGACGUCCUUAACAAGGAUGACCAGACGACACCUCACCUCAAGUCCUCUAUCGCCAGGUGCUUCAGGAUUGUAACUAAGACUAUGCAGCUUCAGGAUCUCUUCAUGGAGUACAUUGUUCAGAUCUUGUUGACAACCACCGGUCAAAACUCUGUCUUGUCCUCGCUGGCGCCAAUGGAGCAGCAUUUGAGCUUUAGCAACGCCACCAUCGUCGACAUUGCCUGCUACAUUAACUGCGAAGUUAGCCUUGAGAUUUGCUCAUUGUCGAUCGAGAUCCUGGAUCGACUCUCGGCCUCGCCCCUGUUCACAAACGGAGAAAGCCAGGGAGGCGUAAUCAUCAACCGGUUGGUUCGUCUUUUGGAGUCAUCGUCUCGCUCGAAUCAGAUUCGCUAUGGUUUUGUGCAGAAACUGGAGGACGAGGACGAUGAGCAGACAGUUGAGUUUGGAGCGCAGCAGAUCGACAAUUCUAUGGCUCUUGACGGAUCAGAGCCCCAGAAGGCCGUCCAGAAAGGGGCUACUCUUGUAGCACCCGCUAUCACUACAUCUACGAUCCGACUCCAGAUCAUGCGACUCUUGCUCGACAACCUGGACGAAUCUCGCAGUCCACCCUCGAUCGCCCAUUUUCUGCUCGGCUACCCCACAUCAACAAAGAUCAAUAGCCCCGAAGACUUGGAUGCGCUUUCAAACCUUACCGCUGUUACCGCACUGCAUGUCAUACUGGACUUGCUGCGACGUGGAAUGGACGGUCAAGACGUGGACUAUAGCAUGUCGACGUCCAUUCCCCUAUAUAUCACCCAUCCUCGUCUCGCAGAAAAAUGUCAGGAGCUAAUCUACCGACUUUGUUCCGAGCCAGAGACAACUUCACCAACCAUCCGCUUCCUCCGUACAAGGGAGGCCUUCUUCUACAGACAGCUGCGGGCACUUCCAAUUAGAUUCGAGGAUGGACUUGAAGGGUCACAUGGUGUCCUUACGCGAGUGGAUGGUUCGCAACUCAGAGCUGAUUUCUUCAGCCUGCUCGCUCAACUCAACCAUCGUUCAUGGGUUAUGCGUACAUCGGCCCUAGAGUUGCGCAUCGCUUGCGACACGAACCAGCGCCGAGAGGCAGUUAGCUUACUCUCCCUCCUCUACAACAACACGGACAUUUCACGCGGAACAGACGAGGACGACUUCAUGUAUUCGAUUACCAGGUCUCGCAACGGCAACUUGGUUCAGCCACGCAUGAAGAUUUUGGAACUCCUGGACUCCUUCGAUUUUUCAUGGGAAGACGAGCUGAAAGUCAGGACCGUGGAGCGCUAUUACUUCCCUGAUGUCACCGAGGAUUUGUGUCUGCAAAAGGACGAGUAUGGAGUUGAGUUGUAUGAUGUGCGCCAGGUUUUCUCUCUUCUCUUGGCUCGCAAGUCGCAACUCGAUAGCGAAAACGUGAUUUCGGGGCCUGCGCAUAAGGCUGCCGCACACGCAGAGAUGAUUGCCGUCGUUGAGCAAUGCUUGGCCAGAAAUCAUGUCAGGAACCUGGAGGCUGGAAGGAGAACCGCGUUUGAGUCAUGGCGCGAGUUGGUUGAGAUCACCCUUGGUCCUGGUUUCGAUCUUUUAAAGGUCGAGCAGCGCGAGACGAUACUCUACGACGUCCUGGAUGCCAUUCUUGCUAAGCUACAGAACGAUUGCCCGGCGGAUAUCACAACUAUCCUGGGCAAGGUUGCUCUUGCGGUCCUUCAGCGUCUUCGUGCAGAUCACUUCCGUCAGUUUAUUUUCCAGGCGACAUCGACAGACCCCAGUGAGAUCGACGCCCGCCUUCCCGCCGAGCGCCUUCAUCGUGUAGCGAGAAACAUCAUUGCAUGCAUCCUUCGUCCGGGCACCUCUCAGUCUCGGUGCAACCUGUACUCGACCCUGGUCAACUACUUUCAAUACACGCGCUCAGAAGGAGAAACCCACAAGAGCACGAAGACACCACGAGUCUACGCCGCUGACGGGCAACGCUUAAGCAGUAGACAGAGCAAGGACGGCAAUAAUGUGAGGGAUGCGCUUGAGCUCGGAAAUCAAGUCUUGGUGUCGGAUGCAGGUGAGCGUCUACUGGAGAUCAUUUGCAGAGACGCGUCGGAUGUGGACCAGGUCUGCAAGAUUGCUGCCUUUACGCUCUUGAACACGCUCUAUGGCCUGUAUGAGAAAGAGGUGACCAACAGGGUUCUUGUGCAUAUGGUACAGCGCAAUUAUCUGAAGCACUUUAUCGACAUCAUGGCGCGUGAGGAUUUGGAGCUGCAGGCAAGCGUUAAGGGACGAGUGAGCAGAAUGCCGUUCGUGAGCGAGACGAGAAUGACCUUGUUCUUGCGUAUCGCACAACGCAGAGAUGGUGCGGAACAAUUGCUCGAGUAUGGCUUCUUCGACAUUCUGACCAGCUCCUCCACAGUGAUCGACAUGCGAUCGGAUUUGAACUCGAACGAUUUCGGUCCAUUCGAGCAGACAGAGAGCAACCGCUACCACAAUAUCGUGUAUCCAAUACUUCAAGUCGCUGUCGCCAUUUUGACUAACCUUGGCCGCAACCACCGUACUGCUACCAGCAAGGCGGAACUGUUUGUGACCAGCCACCAAGAUACCUUUGCGUCCAUCCUCAGAGACAACGAACACCCUACUACUAUCAACACUCUUCGUGAGCUUCGUGCUGUCACUGCCUUCCUGAACCAACUAGCAGGCCAUAUUGUCGCCAAGACGACAGCAUCCAGCUCUACAACAUCCGUCUUUGGAUCGCUCCACAGCUUGAUGUUGGCCUUGAUUCCCAAGUACUUUUCGGCCGACCUGUGGGCCCAGUCAUUGCAACCAGUCAGCGACGCUGAACUGUACAUGGCAAGCGUGAUGGCGCCUGCCUUGACCGCUAGAACGGGCACGAGCCUGUUCCAGCGUGACACCAAGAGUUUUGCUCGCGACAUUUGCAAGAACCUCUUGUCGUACUGCCAAAUCAGCACAGACAGUGUUGAUCGUGCUGCACCGAAACCAUUGACGCCGCUUUUCACAUGGAACAUCUCGAAUGUGACGAGCCGACAUGAUUCGGCUACAGUACCGUCAUUGGGUACAUUGGUCAGCUUUCUGGGCCGCAUAGCUAAUGAGGUCCAAGAGGCCUUGGUCCGACACCAGACUCAGUCGCUCAAACUGGCCAACAUCGAGUCGUUGACGCCCGAGGAAAAGCAGGAUAUUCUUGACGCAUCAGAUGAGGACUAUCUAGAGGGCCUGGUCGCAAUCCAGCGCGACCAACUGGCGGUCCAAGUCUUACAGAAGAUGCUGUUGUCGUCGACUCAAGAGGUUCUGUCGUAUUUGUACCUGCUAGAGACGUCGCUGGUUGUGUUCUGGAGACAUCUCGAGUACUAUCUUGGGCAAUAUCCUGGCCUACUGGAUGGCACAGCGUCACAGUCAGGACUACGCGUGUCAAGGUUUGGACACAGCAGUGAGUCUAAUAGCAUCAACGGCGCUGGGUCAUCCUCCUUUGGCCAUGGAUCCAACGGUUUUGGCGCAUUCACAUCCUCGAAUGCAGGCUUGAAUCAGAGCCAGAGCCAAUUGUCUAAGAACUUCAAGCCAACAUUGGCAGAGGCACAGGCUUUGAAGCGAGAUGCAGGACAUGUAAUCAAGCCUAUGCUGGACAGUAUUAUGGGACUUGAGCUGACACAGGAGAGGGUCGGAUUGGACAAUAGCUCCAGGAGCAGUUUCAUUGAGCUACUUGUCCAUCGCAUUCGCGCGCUUGUCGAGCGUAGUUAGAUAAAAGUACAAAGUGCAUUAAGAUACGCGGGGUGAAAAUGGACGGCAAAACAAACAGCUAUUAAACGCAAAUAAAGAAAUUUGCUGUAAAACCAGGGCUAUGUGAUAUG